AUUGAUCAGGAUCGAUCGCCGGGGUGGAUCGGGAAGGGAAGCCGGGCGCGUCCUUCCCCCAUUUGCGCCGUAAUCCGGUGGCACCAUGUGCAGAUAGAUAAGGGGACGCAACUCAGCCUUCAGGCCUGGGCGGGGUCCUCGCCGUCUCAUCUUUUCUUUUCUCUUCCCUCCGCUGCUCUCCUCCCUCUCCCCGGCCCGGUGAGGUCAGCUCAUGAAUAUUGCUUCAUUUUCCUGAGCGGCUCCGGCAGCGCUGGGGACCUCGUGUGCGGUGCCCGGCUCCCCGUGCAUGCAUUUCGCCAGCCGGGCAGCAGGCAGGGCGGUGCCGGUCGGCCGGAGGAGGCGGAGGACGCCGCCGGCGAUGGACUCUCCCCGCAGAUAGCCGCCGCCAUGAGCCAGCCGCCCGCAGGGGGCGCCGCCGCCGAGCCUCGCCUGCACCCGGAGGGCAGCAGCGGCAGGAAGCAGCCGCGGGCCUCCUCCCCGGCCAGGGCCCGCGACGCCCCCCCAAGACCCCCGCCAGCCGCCGCCCGCGCCCCGCCAGCCGCCGCCGCCGCGGCCGCCGCCUCCUCCUCCUCCAAGGCC